AUGGCACCUUCCGCAAUCACACCCACCGAAGAAUAUAAGUUUACACACGAAGACUACAAGUCUAUCGAACCUGCUCUUGGUAGGCUCGAUAAUCAUGGCGUCCUGCUUGGCAAACAGUUGAAAGGGGAGGCUUUGAAGAGCCGUGUUGAGGCUGUUGAUCCUGAUACCUGCGAUGUUGGUGACGAAGAUGCCUUCUUCGUCGCUGACUUGGGCGAGGUCUACCGCCAGCACCUUCGCUGGAAGAAGAACUUGGGCCGUGUCAAGCCCCAUUAUGCGGUCAAGUGCAACCCUGACCCCCAGGUCCUUCGCCUCCUGUCCGAGCUGGGCCUAGGCUUCGACUGCGCUUCCAAGAAUGAGAUUGAGACGGUCCUGAAGAUGGGUGUUGAUCCCUCUCGCGUCAUAUAUGCUCAGCCAUGCAAGACGAAGGGCUACCUCCGCUAUGCCACCAAUGCCGGAGUCAAGCAGAUGACUUUCGACAACGCCGACGAGCUCUACAAGACCAAACAGAUCGCUCCUGAUGCCGAGCUCUACCUCCGCAUCCUGACCGACGAUUCUGCUAGCUUGUGCCGCCUGAGCCAGAAAUUCGGUGCCUCCAUGGACACCACGGGCGAGCUUCUUGAGCUUGCGAAGAAGCUUGAGCUCAACGUCGUGGGCGUGGCUUUCCACGUUGGCUCUGGAGCCUCUGACCCGAAGGCAUUCAUCAAGGCCGUUCAAGACGCGCGAUUCGUCUUCGACCAAGCCGCUGCCCUAGGCUUCAACAUGCACACCCUCGAUGUCGGCGGCGGCUUCACCGGAGACAAGACCUUUGAGCCUAUGGCCGCAGUCCUCUCCGCCUCCCUGGACGAGUACUUCCCGCCGCACGUCCGUAUCAUUGGCGAGCCAGGCCGCUACUUCGUGUCCACGGCGUUCACCCUCGCGUGCCACGUUAUUGCGCGCCGCACCGUUGCCGACGCCACGCUCGGUACCACGUCCUACAUGCUUUACAUGAACGAUGGCGUCUACGGCAACUUCUCGAGCAUCAUCUUCGACCAUCAGCACCCUGUGCCGCGCGUGCUGAAGAACGGAAACGACAUCUUGUACGAUGCUCGUCGCUCGGGCUACGAUACGCCGUCCAUGGUCGAGUACUCGAUCUGGGGUCCGACUUGCGAUGGCAUCGAUGUCAUCUCGUCCUCGUGCACAUUCCCAGAGAUCCUGGAUGUUAAUGACUGGCUGUACUUCGAGGAUAUGGGGGCCUACACGAAGUGCUCUGCGACCCGCUUCAAUGGCUUCACCGAUAACCACGAUGUGGUGUACGUGUGCAGCGAGCCGGGUGCUAGCGCUCUGCUGGGUCUUUGA